UUGAAUAUUUUAUGAACAAGCUACGAUCCAUUUUUUGGUGAACUUGACGUGAGGGCAUGAAUAGAAUGGGAAUGUAGCUGCAGAAGCUGAUUAAACUCGCCAACUCUGCUUUUCCUGGGAACCAGCGAUCCUGUAGUCAGAAGUUUGCUUUCCCAACAGCUGGAAACGCCAGAAUUGUGACACAGCCUCAAGAACUGAGGCUCCUUGUUCAGACUUUCACACGGGACCCUCUGUUCCUUUCACACAGGCCUCUUUCUUUCUCACAUCUGCCUCUUGGAAGACUUUCCCAGGGCGGGACUGAGCCUGCAGGGAAAGAGGCACUGGACUGGGGCUCCUGGGUUCAAAGUCUGGACUAGACCCGGCUUGAACUCUGAUGUUUAUUGUUCCACUUUUCAGCAUCUGAAGGAGAAAUUCAAGGACAAUAAGCUUCUAGUUAGUGGCGGAGGAUCUAUCCGGAGCAUAGGAGGAUCAAGCGUUACAGUCUGGGAAGCAAACCCAUAGAUCUUUAGAAGGAGGGAGCCCUGGCUCGUCUAGCUCCUCCCUCCACCGGUCUGGUCCCGCCCCUCCGGUGCCAUUGGCCGGUCCAAAAGACGCGGGGCGUUGUCAGUUUGAAUGGGAGAGCCUGGAGCUAGGCGCAGGCGCAGAGGAGCUCAGGCGCUGAGGAGACCUAGCUGACGGUGAGACCCUCCGAGAGGCCAGGGGGAGUCCGAAGCUCUGGCCCACGUGACCUUCCGGGGGCGGGCGCCGGGGGCGCGGGCCAGCCUCCCGCGGUGCCCCUGCUUGGCUCGGCGUCGCCCCGGGGACCAGCCUUGGGGAAGCGCGGCGAUCCCCAGUCUGCGGUCGGAGGCGCUCAUCCCUGAAGCGGCUCCGCGUUCCCAGGAGCCUCCCGCCGGAGGGAGUCUGGUGGUUGAACCCCGUUUCUUACCCUCACAUGCUUCCUACUCUGCUGAGCUACACCCCCAGCCUCAGUCUCAGGCUCUUUCUCAGGCAAGCAAUGGAAGGACGAUUGUUGGACAUCCGUGAUGCACAGAACCGUGCGCGGCUGUUCUGAGUGGCCAGAGAGGCUCCGGAGUCAGUUCUGAGUUUUUCUGCAGUGUUUUUCACCACCUUCUCCUCACCCUGCCCUGUGUGAUGCUGCCUGUUUCUGAAAUGUUGCUGAAGCGCUGCUGAAGGGGCCACAGAUGCAAGGAUUUGGGACACGUUUGAACCUUUAAGCUGUCUGACAUUGACCUCCUUUCAUUAUUAAUAAAGAAGAAGCAGGAGCUUAGGAUAUAUUAACACCAACUCAUUAAUGUACUAACCGGACAGUGCUCUGCAAACCCCACUGCGCAGUAAAGGACUGGACUGGCCCAGGACACAAUCAUUUCGCAUUUCCUCAGCUUAUAAUAUGACUGGAUGGAGGGAAAUUUGAUGAGCAUGAGGGAAGACCAUUCCUUUCAUGUCCGCUACAGAAUGGAAGCUUCUUGCCUCGAGCUGGCCUUGGAAGGAGAACGUCUGUGUAAAUCAGGGGACUGCCGCGCUGGCGUUUCGUUUUUUGAAGCCGCGGUUCAAGUUGGAACUGAAGACCUGAAAACGCUCAGUGCUAUUUACAGCCAGCUGGGCAACGCUUACUUCUACUUACACGACUACGCCAAGGCGCUAGAGUACCACCACCAUGACUUAACCCUGGCGAGGACUAUUGGAGACCAGCUCGGGGAAGCGAAAGCCAGCGGCAAUCUUGGAAACACCUUGAAGGUGCUUGGGAACUUCGAUGAAGCGAUAGUGUGUUGCCAGCGACACCUGGAUAUCUCCAGAGAACUUAAUGACAAGGUGGGAGAAGCAAGAGCUCUCUAUAAUCUUGGAAAUGUGUAUCACGCCAAAGGGAAAAGUUUCGGCUGCCCAGGUCCACAAGAUGUAGGAGAGUUUCCAGAAGAAGUGAGGCUCGCCCUACAGGCAGCUGUGGAGCUCUAUGAGGAAAACCUGUCGUUAGUAACUGCUCUAGGUGACCGAGCAGCCCAGGGACGAGCCUUUGGGAACCUCGGCAACACACACUACCUCCUCGGCAACUUCAGGGAUGCCGUUAUAGCUCAUGAGCAGCGUCUCCUGAUUGCAAAAGAGUUCGGAGAUAAGGCGGCCGAAAGAAGAGCGUACAGCAACCUCGGAAAUGCGUACAUAUUCCUUGGUGAAUUCGAAACUGCUUCCGAAUACUACAGGAAGACACUGCUGCUGGCUCGGCAGCUGAAAGACAGAGCCGUGGAAGCUCAGUCCUGCUACAGUCUUGGGAAUACAUACACUCUGCUUCAGGACUACGAGAAGGCCAUCGAGUACCACCUCAAGCACUUAGCGAUUGCCCAGGAGCUCAAGGAUCGAAUUGGUGAAGGGAGAGCGUGUUGGAGUUUAGGAAAUGCAUACACGGCUCUAGGAAAUCAUGACCAAGCAAUGCAUUUUGCUGAAAAGCACUUGGAAAUUUCAAGAGAGGUUGGGGACAAAAGCGGCGAGCUGACUGCACGGCUGAACCUCUCAGACCUGCAGAUGGUUCUUGGUCUGAGCUAUAGCACAAAUAAUUCCAUGAUGUCUGAGAACAUCGAAAUCGAUGGCAGCUUACAUGGUGCAGGCACCAAACUGGGACGAAGACAUAGUAUGGAGAACAUGGAACUUAUGAAGUUAACACCAGAAAAGGUCCCGAAUUGGAACAGUGAAAUUCUCGCUAAACAGAAACCUUGCAUUGCCAAAUCGUCUGCAAAGCUCCUAUUUGUCAACAGACUGAAGGGGAAAAAGUCCAAAAGCGGCAGCGCCUCCACUAAGGCUCUCCACCACGCCAGCAACCCCAUCGACCACCGCGCUCCACAUGCCCAGAAGAAAGUCGGCUCGGACGCGGUCGGAGAUGAGGGAUUCUUUGACUUACUGAGGCGACUUCAGAGCAGCAGGAUGGAGGACCAGAGGUGCCACUUACAGGAGAACCGGACAGCGUCCGUGGCCGCUUCCUCUGCUACCCCCAAGAUGGUGAAAGCACCGUCGGCUUCUGUGGUAUCCCCCAACACCGAUGAGUUUUUAGAUCUCCUUGCUAGCUCGCAGAGCCGCCGUCUGGAUGACCAGAGGGCCAGCUUCAGUAAUUUGCCAGGGCUCCGUCUGACAGAAGGCAACAAUCAGUCCGUACUUGAGCGCCUGAUGACAAAUGACAAGAAAGAGCCUGAUGAGGACUUCUUUGACAUCCUUGUAAAGUGUCAGGGGUCCAGGUUAGAUGAUCAGAGAUGUGCUCCACCACCUGCUGCCACAAAGGGGCCGACUGUCCCCGACGAAGACUUUUUUAGCCUCAUUUUACGCUCUCAAGCUAAAAGGAUGGAUGAACAAAGAGUUCUGCUACAGAGAGAUCCAAACAGGGACAGUGAGUUUGGACUAAAGGAACUUUUGCAAAAUAAUGCUCUGUUGGAAUUUAAGCAUUCAGGGAAAUAACUAGCAAACCACAAGAUGGUGUGGUAUUUCCUACUAAAGAAAAGGAGGUUCCCUCGGGACACUGCAGGGAAACUCAUCUUACACAGCACCGUAGUAGUCACCAAGUUUUCCGGGUGUAAAUGUUGAAGUACUAAGGGACUGAAAGGUGCUUCUUCAACCUACCCGACCUUGAGACUCUGCUUGGGUGACUUAAGAUUCCUUGGCUAGGGUUUGUGUACUAGGAAUUUAAACGAAUCCUACACUAGAAUUCAGUCCUUUCUUACUGAGGUCAUUUUUUAAGGAUCUAGUUAACAAUGACUUUUUUAUAUACCCGCCCAAGAAUAUAGUGGAUUGCAUUGUUUACUGAAAAUAAUGUAAAUUUCCUAUGUAAAAAAGGUGAAAAUAGUCAUAAAAUUCUAGCUUAAGAAAACUAUAUUCAAUAUAUUUUUAGGCAAAGCCAGUGAAGGAGAUGAGAAAUAAACUACUUUUAGCAUG